CCAUUAGUUAGGCAUCGCUAGUGCAUGUGAAUGCGUGUGUACCCCACUGUCCACCCGGUGCCCCUACAUACAUACAGGUGCUCUCUAGCUAACCUCGUGGUUAGGUAUGUGCCCAAGAAUUUGUUGCAUAAUAAGUAAUAUUGAAUUAAAUUCUGUGAGCCAUAAGUCAUAAGUCAGUGAACGUAAGCGCAACCAAAAGCCAUUAAUAAGGCGAAGGGAGUGGACAGUCGUACGAGUGAACCCCCGGCGCUCAGUGGCGUAACCGCCGCACAGUUCAGACACCACUACUACCUAUACACUGGCUGUAAGAGUCAGACACAGCGCACGCACACCUCUACCGCCACAGACUGUGUGUCUCUGAGAUCCCUAUCGUCUGAGUGCGAGACAAAUGAACACAUGUUUUGAUUGACUGAAUGCCGGACUCUUUGCGUCAAACGAUUCACUCAUUGACUGAUUGAUUGACUCAUUGUUUGUGUGUUUUGUCGACAAUAGUGUUGUUGUAGUGAACCGUCGGUGCCGUCCUCGCAAUGAACGCUCCGCCGGCUUUCGAGUCAUUCCUCCUCUUCGAUGGCGAGAAGAAGAUUACGAUCGAGAAGGACACGAAAGUGCCGAAUGCGGCCAUCUUUACGGUGCAGAAGGAGGACCACACCGUCGGCAAUAUGAUCCGCAUGCAACUCCUCAAAGACCCACAGGUGCUGUUCGCCGGCUAUAAAGUGCCGCAUCCGCUGACCCACGAGUUUGUACUCCGCGUUCAGACGACACCCGACUACUCACCACAAGAGGCACUCAUGAACGCCAUCACUGACCUCAUCAGUGAGCUGUCGCUUCUGGAGGAGAGGUUUAGGGUAAGGGUUGUCCUGUCAUGUGAUUACGAGUCGCUCUUUGCUAACGAGUUGCAACUCCUCAAAGACCCACAGGUGCUGUUCGCCGGCUAUAAAGUGCCGCAUCCGCUGACCCACGAGUUUGUACUCCGCGUUCAGACGACACCCGACUACUCACCACAAGAGGCACUCAUGAACGCCAUCACUGACCUCAUCAGUGAGCUGUCGCUUCUGGAGGAGAGGUUUAGGGUAAGGGUUGUCCUGUCAUGUGAUUACGAGUCGCUCUUUGCUAACGAGUUGUUUGUUGUCUUCGCGGUUCGGGAGCGACAGGAAGGCAACGACUGA